UUGGAAUCAUCCCCCCCCUCAAGGCAAGAAUAGGAAAUGGCAAUCAUCAUCUUCUUAGCUUUCUCUCUCCUCCUUCAUGGAUCUCUUGGUGAACUUGUGUGUGAUGAUCUGCCGGUGAGCAUGUGCGCCUUCUCUAUAUCAUCGUCCGGGAAGCGGUGCUCUCUGGAGACCGGUGACCGGCCGGGGAUUUUGUUGUGCACGACUUCGGAAGUAAUUGUGAAUAGUAUCCGGGAACACAUCGAGACCGACGAGUGCAUCAACGCUUGUGGCGCCGAUCGGAAUGCCGUCGGGAUUUCAUCGGAUUCACUUUUGGAGUCUCAAUUUGUUGCCAAGAUUUGCUCCAAGGAAUGCCUAAACAAUUGCCCCAAUAUUGUUGAUCUUUAUUCCAAUUUAGCUCUGGCCGAGGGAGUGUUUUUGCCGGGGAUGUGCAAGGCGCAAGAACACGGUCGAAUCCGGAGGGAUUUGUCGCAGAUGAAGAGUUCCGGCGGCGUAAAAGCUUCUCUAGUUCCUUCUUUUACGGCUGCUGUUUCCGGCCAAGUUUCAGCUCCCGGACAAGUUUCUGCCCCUGGUCCAGUUACCGCGCCAGGUCCGAUUUCCGCCUCAGCCGCGUCACCAAUCUCGAAUGAAGCUGCCGCCGUGGCACCGAUCUCAUCCGCCACCGCUGAUGUUCAAGCUCCAAUUAUGGCGGCGGCUUGGCUGUCAUAAAUAGCAUUCUAGUAUAGUUUAGUCAAGUUGUGCGUGUCAUGGUGGACAUGGAGCUGGGAUCAGGUGAAUGCCAACACAGAGAUGCAUGAUGUAAUGCCCUUUUGUAAUAAAAGAAAAAUAAUACUUGUCUCCAUAUACUUCCAACCUAAUUAUAGAAUUUCCUUAAUAUUCUUAUU